CGUGAAUGCGAGACGUCACACCGCGUGUAUCCAAUCAGCACGCGUCCUGACAGGACACCGCCAAGCUUAGUUUGACUGCUGGGUGUACCAGCUGAAGCAACUGAAGCAGACGAUCUAAAUCUGGCGCGAUAAAUGCAGAUUUUGUCCAACUAAUUGUAAAUAUCGGCGCGAGUUAUGGUGCGGCUGUAAGUGGGCUGGCUCAGCUGAACUGCAGUCACAAACCAAAGACUGACCACACGCUCGCCUGCACAGACAUCAUGGCUAAAGAUGCUGGACUCAAAGAAACUAACGGAGAGAUAAAGGUGAUUGUCAACCAGAAUCUGAGUCCAGGGAAAUCUGCAGGUGUUCUGUCCUUUCUGACCAUUCAUCCAGCAUCAGUCGCUGCGAUCAAACAGAUUCUGCCCAAAACACUCACUGCUGCAGGCGUUAACGUGCUGCCACAUGUGGUUAUCGGCACCCCUCAGAGGGCCAGUGUCCCCGCCGGUGUCCUGUUAACCAGCCCGCGAACACCCACCGCACACACCCACACACCAUCGACUCAAGAGUCCUCACCCUGGUCAACCGGGCGCAGCAGGAAGGGCGAUAAGAACGGGAAGGGUUUGCGCCAUUUUUCCAUGAAAGUGUGUGAGAAGGUUCAGAAGAAAGUGGUGACGUCCUACAACGAGGUGGCAGACGAGCUGGUGGCCGAUUUCAGCUCCGGCGACAACAACAUCUCCCCGAACGACGUGCAUGUGUACGAUCAGAAGAACAUCCGGAGACGGGUUUACGAUGCUCUGAAUGUCCUGAUGGCCAUGAACAUCAUCUCCAAAGACAAGAAGGAGAUCAAAUGGAUCGGAUUCCCCACCAACUCGGCACAGGAGUGUCAGGACCUGGAGGCCGAGCAGCAGAGACGACUGGAGAGAAUUAAACACAAACGGUCUCAGCUGCAGGAGCUCAUACUGCAGCAAAUUGCUUUUAAAAACCUGGUGCAGCGCAAUCGGCAGGGAGAGCAGCAGAACAAGAGACCUCCACCAGCAAACACUAUCAUCCACCUGCCCUUCAUCAUUGUCAACACCAGCAAGAGAACCGUCAUCGACUGCAGCAUCUCCAAUGACAAGUUUGAGUAUCUCUUUAACUUCGACAACAUGUUUGAGAUUCACGAUGAUGUGGAGGUGCUGAAGCGCAUGGGCAUGGCGUUCGGCCUGGAAUUGGGCCGCUGCAGCGUGGAGCAGCUGAAGAUCGCCAAGACCCUCGUUCCUAAAGCCCUGCAGCCCUACGUCACGGAAAUGGCCCAGGGUGCCAUUAACCAGCUGAUCGGAGAGCUUUCCCAUGUGGGCACUGACCGCGGUGCAUCCAGCUCCAACGGGUCCCACCACAGCAGCUCCAGGGUGGAAACGCCCACAUCUUACAUGGAGGAUGAUGAGGAGGAGGAGGACUUUGAUGAUAAUGAUGAUUAGGACAGGUUUAGAGCUGCUGAACAGGAUGAAUUCAGAGUUUGAGCUCCUGAACCUGUUGCUGGGAUCAUAUGCAGAUUACAUUUGUUCCCUCAGUUCUUGUUGAAACUCCAUAUGGUGAUCCUGCUGUAAGGAUUCCCUCAAAUGCUUCCCCAUAAUUCUUCAGCUCAGUCUAUUAUCUUCAGUAGCUUAUGAGCAGAUAAGCUCAAUUGAUCGCCUUUGUGCUGCUGCUCCUGCUGGCGGCUGUAACUUAAGGGCUACUUUUGAAGAAACUCCUGCAGUGAGAGUUACACAGGGACUUCUAACACUGUUUGCUGAGACUGAAUUUUCUACCCUGUUUUGUUGUGAUUUGUUCUCAUAGGCAGCUAUUUUUGAUAUUGGAGCUUUUUUGGACAUUUGUCAUGGCAGAUGAUGCUCUGAUCACCACAGCUCUUUGAUCAAAGA